AUGUCCGCUGACGUACAAAGGAACUUAGAUGCAGUAAGUACAUCUGGUGAAGGUGAUGCUGCCGGUACAGCUGACGACAGCGCAAAGAAAGCAGAAAAUCCAUGGGCGUCUCCUCGUCAGGAGCCAGUAAAUGGCAUCGUCCAACCGCGCGUUAUUCCUCCUAUGGGCAAACCCACAAGACACACCAAUCAGCUGGACUACCUCCUCAAUACAGUCCUCAAAGAUGUCAUGAAACAUAAGCACGCUUGGCCGUUCAACGUGCCCGUUGAUACAGUCAAAUUGAACUUGCCGGACUAUCACAAAGUGAUUCGUCGUCCGAUGGAUUUGAAGACCAUUCAGAAGCGGUUGCAGAAUAUAUACUAUUACUCUGCGAAGGAGUGCAUGGAGGAUAUUAUGACAAUGUUCAACAACUGCUACACUUACAACCCUCCUCACAGUGACAUCGUAGCGAUGGCUCGAACUCUCGAACAGCUCUUCUUGGCCAAGAUUGUCGAUAUGCCCGGCGAUGACUUUGAAACUGUCUUCCGGAAUUGUUACACAUUCAAUCAAAUGGAGGAUGACGUUACAAUAAUGUGUCAAAAUGUCGAGAAUGUGUAUAGGGAUUCGUUACAAAAUCUUCCCAGCGAGGAACUGGAAAUAGCGAGGCCGUCUUCAAAACGUGGUCCGAAGAGUAUGCGGAAAGGUCCUUCUCCUGCUCUUGGCGGUGCGCGCAAAUCAGCGUCAUUCGUUCGAGGUGGGAGCCCGGAUGCCCAUCACGUCUUAGAACAUUUUCAUAAUGCGACGGUGCAAAAGGGUGUUAAAAGAAAGGCUGAUACCACUACCGGUGUGCUGAUUGAAGAGGAUUCUGGCAAGGUUCCUCGUCGUGAAUCUUCUCGUCCAAUAAAGAAACCGGCGCAUUUUAUUGACUACACUCAACUACCUCCCAGAUAUAAGGGCAAAGCGACGGAGUCGAUGAAGUUUUGCCACAAGGUGCUCCACGAGUUGAUGGGCAAGAAAUGCAAGUCUUUCAACUGGCCCUUCCUCGUUCCCGUCGACGUCGAAGGGAUGAAUCUGUCAGACUACUAUGAUAUAAUUCCGAACCCCAUGGAUCUCGGAACGAUCAAAAAGAAGUUAGAUAAUAAGCAAUAUGCCAAUGCGCAAGAGUUUGCCGAGGACAUCAGACUGGUAGAACAUCUUCUUUGGGUUGAGAGGGCUAGAGAUGUCGUAUGCAAUAAUUGCUUCAAGUACAACCCUGCCACUGAUAUUAUUCACCAACACGGUCGAGCUCUAUUGCAAGCGUUUAAUGAAAGGUGGGUGAAUCUACCAGUAGACGAGGAUGUAGCAGACACCAAUGUUGUGGCUACCUCCUGUGGUGAAGUGGUUGAUGAGGAAGAUACUCUUGAAAGCUACCUCAGCAGUCCUAGAAGAGAACUCAAGCGCCCAACAACAGCACACACCAGCUCUGAGUCAGCAAAGCUUUAUUGUGGUCGCGGUCGCCGACCGGGAUCUAAGAACAAACCGAAAGCUGAAAGCUCUGCAAAUGGGAAACCAUGGAAAGAUGAUUAUGAGUUUGAUUCCGGAGACGAAGCUUCACACGAGCCUAUGUCCUAUGAUGAAAAACGCCAGCUUAGCCUUGACAUCAAUAAACUACCUGGUGAUAAACUUAGUAUGGUCGUCAGUAUUAUUGAAAGCAGGGAAGAUUUAUCUCAGUUUGCAAAGCCUUCUGUUGAUUCAUGGGUUGGACUUCAGGAUAUUAGUCCAGAGGAAAUUGAAAUCGACUUCGAGACCUUAAAGGCUGUAACCCUUCGUGAUUUGGAAGCCUUUGUUGCAGCGGCUCUCAAGCGGAAACCUCGCAAAACCGUUAAAAGUGACAAUGAGACGCGAAAACGGGAAAUCGAGGACAAGAUUAAGAAGCUUGGUGGUACAGUAUCAACGCAACAACCCAGUAAGAACGGUGGGUACUUCAUGUCCAGCGUAGAAAUUCGUUGGUGGAGGUAA